AUGAAGUUCGGUUGUUUGUUCGCGGUGUUGUGCCUCGCCGUCGGGGCGAUGGCAGGAAAGUAUUCUCGAGAAAUGAACGACCAGAAACCGUCUAUGGACGGCAAGAGCACGGUGGAAUUUAGGGUAGCUAAACCCAACCAGGUGUGGGAGAAAGCAAUCAGGGUAAGUCAAGUGAUGCUAGCUAGCUUAGCUUUGUUUACUUAAAUAUUGAGACAGUCCAGCGUGAAUUGUCUUCGUUAUCGGGUCGUGUCUAGUCCUAGUGGAGUUCAUGGGUUUUCGUAGCUAACUAUCAUUCUAACGUUAGAGACGUUUUGUCUACAAUGCCUUGGUCUAUCCAACAUUUGUUUAGCUAACUUAGCUAGCUAACAGUUACCUUACUUGCUUGGGGUCGGUAGCUGAAUCAGCUAACGUUAAGUAGUUAGAGAUAGCUGAGGUCUGAUUGUACCCCGGUACUUCAGGCACCCAUUUCUCUCACAGACAGACACAGGCGAGACGCACUACCCUCCAUUAGUUCGUCUGAUUUUAUUUACUGCUCAUCCUCUCUCCUUCCCUCUCCCCCAUCCUCGCUCUCCUUCCUCUCUCCCCCAUCCUCCUCUCCUUCCCUCUCCCCCAUCCUCAUUUCUCUCUCUCUCUCCUUCUCUCUCUCCCCUCCUCCUUCUCUCUUCUCUCUCCUCCUUCUGCCCCUUACUUCCACCUAUUUCCUAUCUCUCUAUCUCUCUCUUGUCAUCCCUCCAUCUUUCUCUCAUCAUCCCUCUCUCUCCCUCCGUCUCUAGUUGCAGUUGUCCCCCCACUACGCAAUCCCCCCCAUCAGUCAGUUCCCCCAGUCUCACGCUCCCAUUUCUCUCCUUUCAGUGGUCCCUAGAUGCUCAGUUACCAAGCCGGUGGCCACCGAGGAUGGUGACGGCAGAAUCUAACCAAGCAAUAUGCUUGCUUCCCCCGGUCUGGGGGAGGGGAGUUACAGAGUAAGGGGCCAGAGCUCCAAGUGCCUGAAGAUGGAGGAGAAAGAGAAUACAGUGGAAGAAGUGAAGAGGGAUGGGAGAAGGGAGAGAGAGAGGCCAAGCUACGACGUGGCUUCAACGGUGAGAGGGAUGGGGAGGGGGAGAGAGAGAGACUGGUGAUAGACUGUGAUCCACAAAGAAUUAGAAAACAAACCCAAUUUUGAUAAACUCCCUUAUCUACUGGGUGAAAAACCACAGUGUGCCAUCACAGCUGCAAGAUGUGUGACCUGUUGCUACAAGAAAAGGGCAACCAGUGAAGAACAAACACAAUUGUAAAUACAACCCAUAUUUAUGUUUAUUUAUUUUCCCAUUUGUACUUAACAAUUUGCACAUUGUUACAACACUAUAUUAUAAUAUAUAACACAAUAUUGACAUUUGAAAUGUCUUUAUUCUUUUGGAACUUCUGAGUGUAAUGUUUACUGUUAAUAUUUGUUUAUUUCACUUUUGUUUUUCUAUCUACUUCACUUGCUUUGGCAAUGUUAACACACGUUUACCAAAAAGCCAAUGAAUUUAAAGCCCUUAAACUUGAAAUUGAAUUGAGAGAGGCCAAGCUUACGAUACAGCUUCAACUGUGAGGGAGAGGGAGAGAGAGAGGCCAAGCUACGAUACAGCUUCAACUGUGAGAGAGAGGGAGGGGGGAGAGAGAGGCCAAGCUACGAUACAGCUUUAGGGAGAAGAGAAAGGUGCAGAGAGGAGCCAAGCUCGAUGUUUCCCGACCCUUAGGGGGAGGGAUAAGAACCAAGUUUAUGAUACCCAGUGGAGGCAGGGAAGAGAACCAACUCCAGUCAUGUGGACCCCAGGGUGUCCAGAUAGGGAGAGAACGAACUCCAGUCACGAUACCCCAAUGUGAGGAUUGGGGAGAUGACAACCAGUUAGAUAACCAGUUAUGUCAGGUUAGGGAGAGAGAAGCCAGUCAUGAUAACCUCACUUGGGAGGGGGGAGAAACCAAACUCCAGUCAUGUGGGAGCAGGUGUCCAGGCUUAGGGACGAUAACCCAAAUCAGAUGAGAGACCAGGUGUGUAGGUUAGGAGAGAGAGCAACUACCAUAUGAUGCCAAGUGUGUAGGGUAGGGGGAGAGACCAACUCCAGUCAUGAUGAAGGGAAGAGGGUCCAGUCAACUUUGAAGGGAGGGGAUGAAAGCCAAGUACGAUACCCAACUGUUGGGAGGGUGAGGGGGAGAUAGACCCAACUACCAGUCACUGAUGGAAAGCCAGUCGUACCCGCUUCAUUAGGAGAGGAGAACGAAAGGCCAGUACAUGAUGAGAACCCAAAUUGUGUUCCCGCUUUAGGGGGGGAGGACCAAUACAGUUUAGAGAUGAACCCCAGUGUGUCCAGACUUUAGGGAGAUAACAACUCCAGUCAUGAUGAACCCCAGUGUGUCCAGACUUUAGGGAGAUAACAACUCCAGUCAUGAUGAACCCCAGUGUGUCCAGGCUUUAGGGAGAUAACAACUCCAGUCAUGAUUGAACCCCAGUGUGUCCAGACUUUAGGGAGAUAACAACUCCAGUCAUGAUGACCCCAGUGUGUCCAGGCUUUAGGGAGAUAACAACUCCAGUCAUGAUGAACCCCAGUGUGUCCAGACUUUAGGGAGAUAACAACUCCAGUCAUGAUGGACCCCAGUGUGUCCAGGCUUUAGGGAGAUAACAACUCCAGUCAUGAUGAACCCCAGUGUGUCCAGACUUUAGGGAGAUGACAACUCCAGUCAUGAUGAACCCCAGUGUGUCCAGACUUUAGGGAGAUAACAACUCCAGUCAUGAUGAACCCCAGUGUGUCCAGACUUUAGGGAGAUGACAACUCCAGUCAUGAUGAACCCCAGUGUGUCCAGGCUUUAGGGAGAUAACAACUCCAGUCAUGAUUGACCCCAGUGUGUCCAGGCUUUUGGAUGACAACCCAGUCAUGAAACCCCAUGCAUUAGGUUUUAAAAUACAAUAAUGGCCCAAAGUGUGUGGUAUAUGGGCAUACAACCACGGCAAGGCCGUGUUCCCCUUUGGAGAUACAAUCCAAGGACAUGAGUGCUUUGGGGGUAAAGUCCGUUAGGCCGUGGUAUUUGGCAAAACAACCACAAUACCCAGAGGUGCUUUAUUCCUAGUAUAAACCCCGUGGGGUUUCCAAGGCUUUAGGGAGAUAACAAUCACAUGUUGUGGGCAUGCUAGGGAUUAACACUCAGUCUGAAUACCCAGCAGGGUUUAGCGCAAUACAACCAGUCAGGGAUGGAACCCCAGUAUGUGUGACUAGGGAGAUGAAAUCCACAGAAACUGCCUAGUGUGUCCCCAAAUUGGGAGAAACAAAUCCAGUUCAGAUUAACCCAGUGGCUUUGGAGAUGAACCAGCAGAAGAACCCUGUGUCCACAGGAGAUAACACCCACAGGGCUGUGUAUUUUGAGAGACUACAAAACACUGCAUUAGGUUUCAACAAUUUACCUAUACCACGGCAGGGCUGUUAUGAGAACCCGAGCCUGAUACAGCCUUUGUGGUAACAUUACCACAACCCAAGGGCUUUUUGAUAAACACCAAAGAACAACCUACUGCCCCUAUAGUGUCAUUUACCACAGUCACCACAGCACAGGGUUGGAAACCAGUAAUGAGUGGAAGGCUGACAGCCACAGAACACUGCCUAGUGGUCAACAUUACACCCACACAGGGCUGUGAUGAGAACACAGAACACUGCCUAGUGGUCAACAUUACACACACACAGGGCUGUGAUGAGAACACAGAACACUGCCUAGUGGUCAACAUUACACACACACACAGGGCUGUGAUGAGAACACAGAACACUGCCUAGUGGUCAACAUUACACACACAGGCUGUGAUGAGAACACAGAACACUGCCUAGUGGUCAACAUUACACACACAGGCUGUGAUGAGAACACAGAACACUGCCUAGUGGUCAACAUUACACACCACAGGGCUGUGAUGAGAACACAGAACACUGCCUAGUGGUCAACAUUACACCCACCAGGGCUGUGAUGAGAACACAGAACACUGCCUAGUGGUCAACAUUACACACACAGGGCUGUGAUGAGAACACAGAACACUGCCUAGUGGUCAACAUUACACACACACAGGGCUGUGAUGAGAACACAGAACACUGCCUAGUGGUCAACAUUACACACACACAGGGCUGUGAUGAGAACACAGAACACUGCCUAGUGGUCAACAUUACACACACACAGGGCUGUGAUGAGAACACAGAACACUGCCUAGUGGUCAACAUUACACAAACAGGGCUGUGAUGAGAACACAGAACACUGCCUAGUGGUCAACAUUACACACACAGGGCUGUGAUGAGAACACAGAACACUGCCUAGUGGUCAACAUUACACACACUGGGCUGUGAUGAGAACACAGAACACUGCCUAGUGGUCAACAUUACACACACAGGGCUGUGAUGAGAACACAGAACACUGCCUAGUGGUCAACAUUACACACACUGGGCUGUGAUGAUACCAGUAUCGCCAGAAAAGAAAACAGGAAGCAGACCCAUCUCUUUUGUCCUUUAGUAACCUGCUGGAUGUAAAGUGUUGUGUGCUAUAGCCUGGAAAAUAAAUACAUGUGACUCUGGAUGACAACACGAUGAUGAUUGUUUCCAACAUCAGGGCUGUUUUCCUAAAGAAGUUAAAUCUGCUUCAGUGUUUUGUUUCCUUGCCACGAUACUAACGAAUAUGGCGAUACUGGUAUGGUCCCGGCCCUACACACACACACACCUUGUGAAAACACAUGCCACCGACCACCACUACCAGCACACAAAGCCUGUUCAACACUCAGUAGGAGAGGAUUCAGUCUAGUGUCACACACCCUCGUUAAACGACCUACCUCACUGACGGAGAGAGAGACAGAGAGAGAGAGAAGGGCUAGAAGGGAAGAGUGUUUUAAAUAUUAGAUGAACACAUAAAAAAUUAGCUAGCUGGCAGUCGCGUAGACUUCAUCUUCAUCAGCUAGGUAGGGUCUGUGUCCCAAAUGGUACCCUAUUCCCUACUAUGUAGUGCACUACUUUUGACCAGGGCCUCUAGGGAAUGGGGUGCCAUUUGGGACGCGAUCCAGAGAAGAACUCUACAGCUCGGUUCUGAUUCUGUCGUUCCAUAAUUCACCGACCAACCAAAGUGGAUUUCUGCUCCAGGCCUCCAUGGGACUAGGUCUAUUAAUGUCUUAGAUGUUCUAUAGAGAGCAGAGCUGCUUUAAAAACAGUAGAUUUUCUAUAGAGAGCAGAGCUGCUUUAAAAACAGUUGAUUUUCUAUAGAGAGCAGAGCUGCUUUAAAAACAGUUGAUGUUCUAUAGAGAGCAGAGCUGCUUUAAAAACAGUUGAUGUUCUAUAGAGAGCAGAGCUGCUUUAUAAACAGUAGAUUUUCUAUAGAGAGCAGAGCUGCUUUAAAAACAGUUGAUGUUCUAUAGAGAGCAGAGCUGCUUUAAAAACAGUUGAUUUACUAUAGAGAGCAGAGCUGCUUUAAAAACAGGGGGAAGGUGUGUGUCUCGUUAUAAUGUCGUGGUGGUGUGAAGGGGAAGGUGUGUGUCUCGUUAUAAUGUCGUGGUGGUGUGAAGGGGAAGGUGUGUGUCUCGUUAUAAUGUCGUGGUGGUGUGAAGGGGAAGGUGUGUGGCUCGUUAUAAUGUCGUGGUGGUGUCAAGGGGAAGGUGUGUGGCUCGUUAUAAUGUCGUGGUGGUGUGAAGGGGAAGGUGUGUGUCUCGUUAUAAUGUUGUGGUGGUGUGAAGGGGCAGGGGAAGGUGUGUGGCUCGUUAUAAUGUCGUGGUGGUGUGAAGGGGAAGGUGUGUGUCUCGUUAUAAUGUCGUGGUGUCGUGAAGGGGAAGGUGUGUGGCUCGUUAUAAUGUCGUGGUGGUGUGAAGGGGAAGGUGUGUGUCUCGUUAUAAUGUCGUGGUGGCGUGAAGGGGAAGGUGGGUGUCUCGUUAUAAUGUUGUGGUGGUGUGAAGGGGAAGGUGUGUGUCUCGUUAUAAUGUUGUGGUGGUGUGAAGGGGAAGGUGUGUGUCUCGUUAUAAUGUGGUGGUGUGAAGGGGAAGGUGUGUGUCUCGUUAUAAUGUCGUGGUGGUGUGAAGGGGAAGGUGUGUGGCUCGUUAUAAUGUCGUGGUGGUGUGAAGGGGAAGGUGUGUGUCUCGUUAUAAUGUCGUGGUGGUGUGAAGGGGAAGGUGUGUGGCUCGUUAUAAUGUCGUGGUGGUGUCAAGGGGAAGGUGUGUGGCUCGUUAUAAUGUCGUGGUGGUGUGAAGGGGAAGGUGUGUGUCUCGUUAUAAUGUCGUGGUGGUGUGAAGGGGCAGGGGAAGGUGUGUGGCUCGUUAUAAUGUCGAGGUGGUGUGAAGGGGAAGGUGUGUGUCUCGUUAUAAUGUUGUGGUGGCGUGAAGGGGAAGGUGGGUGUCUCGUUAUAAUGUCGUGGUGGUGUGAAGGGGAAGGUGGGUGUCUCGUUAUAAUGUCGUGGUGUCGUGAAGGGGAAGGUGUGUGGCUCGUUAUAAUGUCGUGGUGGUGUGAAGGGGCAGGGGAAGGUGUGUGGCUCGUUAUAAUGUCGUGGUGGUGUGAAGGGGAAGGUGUGUGUCUCGUUAUAAUGUCGUGGUGGUGUGAAGGGGAAGGUGUGUGUCUCGUUAUAAUGUCGUGGUGGUGUGAAGGGGAAGGUGUGUGGCUCGUUAUAAUGUCGUGGUGGUGUGAAGGGGAAGGUGUGUGUCUCGUUAUAAUGUCGUGGUGGUGUGAAGGGGAAGGUGUGUGGCUCGUUAUAAUGUCGUGGUGGUGUGAAGGGGAAGGUGUGUGUCUCGUUAUAAUGUCGUGGUGGUGUGAAGGGGAAGGUGUGUGUCUCGUUAUAAUGUCGUGGUGGUGUGAAGGGGAAGGUGUGUGUCUCGUUAUAAUGUCGUGGUGGUGUGAAGGGGAAGGUGUGUGUCUCGUUAUAAUGUCGUGGUGGUGUGAAGGGGAAGGUGUGUGGCUCGUUAUAAUGUCGUGGUGUCGUGAAGGGGAAGGUGUGUGUCUCGUUAUAAUGUCGUGAAGGGGCAGGUGUGUGUGUGUGUGUGUGGUCAUCACAACUGCUGACAUACACGUUGCUUUUGCGUGUUCAGAAUGUUUGUGAUGUUGUAGCGGCAGGGUUAAGUCAGCAUGUCCCAACUCUACCGACCCACCAUGUUGUGUCUUCCUCGGCGAACGACGCACAGUAUGAAAUAUUUUAAAUAACUAACCUAAGGAUAGACCACAGGCCUGUCGUUUCCAAUGGAGAGUAAAGUUAAUCAUAGCGGGCAGAACAAGCAAGGAGGUGGGCAGAGCCAAGCACGAGCUAGCGAGAGCCUAUUGGUGCGUUCUAGCAUGUAUUUGCAUAUUUCUGUUAGGGAACGCCUACUCCGUGAAGUGGGCGUGUGUAAUAAGUCAAUUCACCCUUUCACUCCUUAUAAACAACGCCAUUUUUUUACAAGUUUGGCAAAGGGUAAAGUCUACAAAACGUAGGCCACUCUGUUCGUAACAGAUUGUAAUUUUGGGAACGGAAAACUGUAUUGAGAUCAAAUGUUUAAUCGAUGAGAAAAUUAGCAGAAUGUCGGCCAAAAUCCAUCUCGCUUCAUCUUCUCCCACUGCCGGCCACUGGGCUUCCUCUCAACACCAUAUUUGGUAGCGAGUGGAAACGCUUCAGAUGCUUCACGUGUAUACAUCCGGUGAAACAUCUGGCUCAUUGUCCUAUCCAGGAUAGUGUUGUUAACUGGCGUCCAUUUUGUGUCUCCCCCGCCCCAGUGAUCCUGGCUAAGUAUGGGAUGGAUGGGAAGAAGGACACCAGACCUCUAGAAUCUAACAACCUGAAGGACCAUGACAGCAGAGGAGGAGACAUGUUCGAUGACCCUAGACUGGACAAACUGUGGAAUAAGGUGAGAGAGGGGUGAGGGAGGGACGGAGAAGGGGGGCACUUGUUCUCUCAGAGUGGACACUUGUUCUCUCAGAGUGGGCACUUGUUCUCUCAGAGUGGGCACUUGUUCUCUCAGAGUGGACACUUGUUCUCUCAGAGUGGACACUUGUUCUCCCAGAGUGGACACUUGUUCUCCCAGAGUGGACACUUGUUCUCCCAGAGUGGACACUUGUUCUCCCAGAGUGGACACUUGUUCUCUCAGAGUGGGCACUUGUUCUCCCAGAGUGGACACUUGUUCUCCCAGAGUGGACACUUGUUCUCCCAGAGUGGACACUUGUUCUCCCAGAGUGGACACUUGUUCUCUCAGAGUGGACACUUGUUCUCUCAGAGUGGGCACUUGUUCUCCCAGAGUGGACACUUGUUCUCCCAGAGUGGACACUUGUUCCUCCCAGAGUGGACACUUGUUCUCCCAGAGUGGACACUUGUUCUCCCAGAGUGGACACUUGUUCUCCCAGAGUGGACACUUGUUCUCUCAGAGUGGGCACUUGUUCUCCCAGAUGGACCGGUGUUCUCCCAGAGUGGACACUUGUUCUCCCAGAGUGGACACUUGUUCUCCCAGAGUGGACACUUGUUCUCCCAGAGUGGACACUUGUUCUCCCAGAGUGGACACUUGUUCUCCCAGAGUGGACACUUGUUCUCCCAGAGUGGACACUUGUUCUCCCAGAGUGGACACUUGUUCUCCCAGAGUGGACACUUGUUCUCCCAGAGUGGACACUUGUUCUCCCAGAGUGGACACUUGUUUCUCCCAGAGUGGACACUUGUUCUCCCAGAGUGGACACUUGUUCUCCAGAGUGGGACACUUGUUCUCUCAGAGUGGGCACUUGUUCUCCCAGAGUGGACACUUGUUCUCCCAGAGUGGGCACUUGUUCUCCCAGAGUGGGCACUUGUUCUCCCAGAGUGGGCACUUGUUCUCCCAGAGUGGACACUUGUUCUCCCAGAGUGGGCACUUGUUCUCCCAGAGUGGACACUUGUUCUCUCAGAGUGGGCACUUGUUCUCCCAGAGUGGGCACUUGUUCUCCCAGAGUGGGCACUUGUUCUCCCAGAGUGGGACACUUGUUCUCCCAGAGUGGGCACUUGUUCUCCCAGAGUGGACACUUGUUCUCCCAGAGUGGACACUUGUUCUCCCAGAGUGGACACUUGUUCUCCCAGAGUGGACACUUGUUCUCCCAGAGUGGACACUUGUUCUCCCAGAGUGGACACUUGUUCUCCCAGAGUGGACACUUGUUCUCUCAGAGUGGACACUUGUUCUCCCAGAGUGGACACUUGUUCUCCCAGAGUGGGCACUUGUUCUCCCAGAGUGGACACUUGUUCUCUUCCCUGACUGGUAUCAGUAAUAUGGUGAUUACUCCCACUAGCCCAGGGCCUCCACCAACCCCCACUGGUUUUAGAUGUGUGAAAAGUAGUGAACGAGUGCACACUUCAGGAGAAAGGUGAUAUGAUUGGGACGUACCCCCAGUUUCAAUAUAGAAGCGUCCAUUUUGGGGAUGAGCGUGCUUGGUUUCCCUCCCUCUGGCUUACACCCCCAGUUUACAACCCAAGAAGUCAGUUUCUCUCCCUCUGGCUAACACCCCCAGUUUACAACCCAAUAAGUCAUUUUGGGGCUACCUCUCCUCAGUUUCUCUCCCUCUAUGGGAGAAAAUACCAACACCCUAGCCUUUCUUCCUACUGACACUUGUCUCUUCCUACUGACACUGACUUUGCUGUCACAACUGUAAUGGAAAUGUUUCCCUACAGGCUAAGAUUUCUGGUAAGUUCUCCGAGGAGGAGAUGCAGAGUCUGAAGAGAGAGUUCCAACACCACAAGGACAAGAUCAGCGAGUAUAACAUCGUCAUGGAUACCGUCAGCCGCACAGAGGGUGAGAGAGAUUUUUACUACGUUCAGUCUUGUUCUCCUCCUCUCCUCUCUCUCUCCCCUUCCCUCUCUCUCUUUUCUCUCUUUUUGUCUUUUUUUUGUCUCUCUUUCUCCUUUUUUUUGCCCCUUUUCCCCCUUUUUCCCUUUUUCUCUUUUCUCUCUGUUCUCUCUCCCCCUUCUCUCUCCCCCCUCCCCCCUCCCCGGGUUCUUCCCCCCUCUUCUCUCCCCCCCUCUCUGUUUCUUUCUGCCCUCCCCAAAUGUCCCUUUUUCCCCCUUCCUCUCGUCUUUUCCCCUCUCCCCUCUUCUCCCCCCUCUCUUUUCUUUUCCUCUCCCCCAUCUCCCUUUUGUUCUGGGGGGGCCCCCCUUCUCGUUUUCCUCUCUCCCCCUUUUUCUCCCUCCCCCCCACUCCCCCCUUUUCCGCCUCCCCUCCUCCCCCCUCUCUCUCUUCUCUCCCCUCCCCCUCCCUUUUUUCCCCUCUCCUCUUUUUUCUCUCCCCCCCUUCCCCGGGCCUCCUCUUCUCUCUUUCUCUCUCCCCACCUCCCCCCCACCCUUGGGUCCUUAAAAAACUCCGGCUGUUUUAUUGGGAAUUUUUAAUUUAGGGGGGAAUUUUUUUUGGUUUUGUUUUUUUUAAAUCUCCUUUUAUUUUGGAAUUGCCUCCUUAAGUCCCUUGUUAACUUGGGGGGUGAAAAUGUUUUGAUUUUUCCCCCUUUUCCCCUUUCCUUGGGCCCUUCCCUCCCUCCCCCCCUCUCUCUCUCCUUCUCCCCCCCUUUUUCUCCCCUUCUCUUCUCCCCUCUCUUCUCCCCUCUCCGCUCCCCCCCUCCCUCCCUCGUCCUCCUCUCUCUUUUCCUCUCCCUCUCCUCCCCUCUCUCCUCCCCUCUCCCCCUUUUCCUCCUCCUCCCCUCCCCUCCUCCCCCCUUCUUCUCCUCCUCUUUUUUAAUUUUUUUUUUUUUUCCUCCUUAUUCCUCUUCCUCUUCUUUCCUUUUUUUCUUCCCUCCCUUCCUCCUUCCCUUCUUCCCCCCCCUUUCCCCCCCUCUCCCCUCUCUCUCUCUCCCUCCCCUCCUCCUCUCUCCUCUCCCUCCUCCCCUCUCCUCCCUCUCCCUCUCCUCUCUCCCCUCUCUUUUCCCCUCCCCUCUCUCUCUCCAUCCCUCUCUCUCUCCUCCUCCCCUUUCCCCCUCCUCCCCUCUCUUCCCCUCUCCCCCUCCCCCUCUCUCCCCCCUUUCUCUCUCUUCUCCCCCUCUUUUCCCCUCUCUCCUCCCUCCCUCCCUGCCCCUCCCCUCCCUCCCUCUCCCCCUCUCUCCCUCUCCCCCUCCUCCCCCCCUCUUUUUCCCUCUCUCCCUCCCUCCCCCCCUCCCCCCCCCCCUCUCCCUCCCCUCCUCCACCCCUCCUCCCCCCUCCCUCUCCCUCCCUCCUCCCCCCCUCCCCCACCCUCUCCCCCCCCUCCUCCCCCCCUCCCUCCACCCCCCUCCCUCUCCCCCCCCUCCCUUUUCCCUCCCUCCCCCUCCCUCCCUCCUCCCUCCCCCUCCCUCCCUCCCCACCCCCCCCUCCCCCCCCCCCUCCCCCCCUCCCUCCCCCUCGCUCCCCUCCCUCCCCCCCCUCCCUCCCUCCCCCCCUUCCCCCCCCCAAAAAUCCCUCCCCCCCCCCCUCUCCCCCCUUUUCCCCCCCCCCCUCCUCCCUCCCUCCCCCCCCUCCCCCCUCCAUCCAUCCCCCCUUUUCCUCCCUCUGUCCCCCCUCUAUAGGAUCCAUAAAAGUGUCCCCUCCCAUUAAAGGGGAAUUUUAAAAAAAACAUUCCUGCACAAAACACACAGACCUGAAGGACAAGAUGGGGUGUGUGUGUGGGGUGUGUUUUUUAAAGGGUGUGUGUAAAAUGUGUGAAAUUCCCCGGUGUGUUUUGGUUUUGUGUGUAUUAACGGUUUGUUGUUUUUUUGGGGGGAAAUCUGAACCAGGGUUUUCAAACGCCGAGGAAACUCACCCAGGGUUUCCCAGCGAGGUCACGGGAGGGGUUGUACACACACCACACCCCCAAAAACACACCCACCCACUUUUGAGUGGCGAGCGGGGCGGUCCCCCUCCCCUCUGUAGAGUUUUAAAGAGCCCGGGGAUAGGCUGGGGGAGAUGGCACAGAGACCCAAACCCUGACGAAGUUUUAACCUGGAUUUCCUAAAGGUGUGUGUGUGUGUGUGUGCUUUCCAUAUCUCUUUUAAAGUCAUAACCUUUCACAAUCUGGCCCAAAAUUUCCCGGGCCCAUUUGGGUUCCCCCUCUGUCUGUGUGUCUGUGUGUGUCAUCAGGAGGAGCUGAAGCACUUUGAGACCAAGGUAGAGAAGCACAGCCACUACCAGGUAACCAAUCAAUAUGAAAGAUCAAUCAGUGGGAAAGUCUGUAUAACUGUGUGUUAUGGUGUUGCAAAACUCAGUCUACAUACAGUGCAUUUGGAAAGUAUUCAGACCCCUUGACCUUUUCCACAUUUUGUUACGUUACAGCCUUAUUCUAAAAUGGAUUAAAUUGUUGUUUUUUUCCCCUCAUCAAUCUACACACAAUACCCCAUAAUGACAAAGCAAAAACAGGUUUUUAGAAAUGUAUGCAAAUUUAUUAUAAAUAAAAGAGCUGAUAUCACAUUUGCAUAAGUAUUCAGACCCUUUACUCUACUUUAACUGAUGAUUAACAAUAUUUAAAGUUUAGAAAUCUGAACCCAUCAGUUGAAACACCUUUGGCAGCAAUUACAGCCUCAAGUCUUCUUGGGUAUGACGCUACAAGCUUGGCACACCUGUAUUUGGGGAGUUUCUCCCAUUCUUCUCUGCAGAUCAUCUCAAGUUCUGUCAGGUUGGAUGGGGAGUGUCGCUGCACAGCUGUUUUCAGGUCUCUCCAGAGAUGUUCGAUCGGGUUCAAGUCCGGGCUCUGGCUGGGCCACUCAAGGACAUUCAGAGACUUGUCCCGGAGCCACUCCUGCGUUGUCUUGGCUGUGUGCUUAGGGUCGUUGUCCUGUUGGAAGGGGAACCUUCACCCCAGUCUGAGGUCCUGAGCGCUCUGGAGCAGGUUUUCAUCAGGGAUCUCUCUGUACUUUGCUCCGUUCAUCUUUCCCUUGAUCCUGACUAUUCUCCCAGUCCCUGCCGCUGAAAAACUUCCCCACAGCAUGAUGCUGCCACCACCAUGCUUCACCGUAGGGAUGGUGCCAGGUUUCCUCCAGACGUGACGCUUGGCAUUCAGGCCAAAUAGUUCAAUCUUGGUUUCAUCAGACCAGAGAAUCUUGUUUCUCAUGGUCAGAGUCCUUUAGGUGCCUUUUGGCAAACUCCAAGCGGGCUGUCAUGUGCCUUUUACUGAGGAGUGGCUUCCGUCUGGCCACUCUACCAUAAAGGCCUGAUUGGUGGAGUGCUGCAGAGAUGGUUGUCCUUGUGGAAGUUUCUCCCAUCUCCACAGAGGAACACUGGAGCUCUGUCAGAGUGACCAUCGGGUUCUUGGUCACCUCCCUGACCAAGGCCCUUCUCCCCCGAUUGUUCAGUUUGGCUGGGCGGCCAGCUCUAGGAAGAGUCUUGGUGAUACCAAACUUCUUCCAUUUAAGAAUGAUGGAGGCCACUGUGUUCUUGAGGACCUUCAAUGCUGCAGACAUUUUUUGGUACCCUUCCCCAGAUCUGUGGCUCUACACAAUCCUGUCUACGGACAAUUCCUUCGACCUCAUGGCUUGGUUUUUGCUCUGACAUGCACUGUCAACUGUGGGACCUUAUAUAGACAGGUGUGUCCCUUUCCAAAUCAUGUCCAAUCAAUUUAAUUUACCACAGGUGGAGUCCAAUCGAUCUGUAGAAACAAAAGAUGAUCAAUGGAAUCAGGAACCUCCUGAGCACAAUUUCAAGUCUCAUAGCAAAGGGUCUGAAUACUUAUGUAAAUAAGGUAUUUCUGUUUUUUAUUUGUAAUACAUUUAUAAAAAUGUCUAAACCUGUUUUUGCUUUGUCAUUAUGGGGUAUUUUUUUAUUUUAUUUUUUUAUGAGGAUUUUUUUAUUUUAUUGAAUCCAUUAUAGAAUAAGGCUGUAACAAAAUGUGGAAAAAGUCCAGGGGUCUGAAUACUUUCCGAAUGCUCUGUAUCUGUCUUUCAUUCACCUCACUCGCUUACUUGAUGCCCAAUCCCAAAUGGACCCCUAGACCCUUACGCCCUAGGCACUUGGAGAUCUGAGAUGGACCCCUAGACCCUUACGCCCUAGGGCACUUGGAGAUCUGAGAUGGACCCCUAGACCCUUACGCCCUAGGCACUUGGAGAACUGAGAUGGACCCCUAGACCCUUACACCCUAGGCACUUGGAGAUCUGAGAGGGUUUGGCAGGUCUAAGCAAUAUGGUGCUUACACCAAGGAAGUGCCUUAGGGCUAGGGUCCAAAUUCACACAUGGAAAAGUCAGACCCUGAUAAAUCACAUAUCGAGUCUCUCGUCACCUCUAUCUCUUUCCCUGACUAAUCUCUCCUCUUCCAUGUCUUCUCUUCUCUUCCUCCUUCUCCAUCUUCUCCCUCCUCUCCUCUUUCCCUGCCUCUCCUCUCUCUUCCUGCCCAUCUCAUCCUCUUCCCUGCCUACUUUAUUCUCAAUCUCUAUUCAUGCCCCUUCCUCUCUCCCUGAUCUUCUCCCAUGCCCCAUCUCUCUCUUCCCUGCCCCUCUCUCUCUCUCUGCCCCCUCUCUCUUCCCUGCCACAUCUCUCUCCCUGCCCAGACCUCUCUCUCUUCCCUGCCCCUCUCUCUCUUCCCUGCCCCUCUCUCUCUCUUCCCUGCCCUCUCUCUCUCUUCCUGCCCCCUCUCUCUCUCUUCCCUGCCCCUCUCUCUCUUCUUCCCUGCCCCUCUCUCUCUCUUCCCUGCCCCUCUCUCUCUCUCUUCCCUGCCCUCUCUCUCUCUUCCCUGCCCCUCUCCUCUUUCCUGCCCCCCUCUUCUUCCCGCCCUCUCUGUCCGCCUCCUCCCGCCUCUCUAUUCCCCUCUUUCCUGCCCCUCUCUCUCCUCCUCUUCCCUGCGCCCCUCUCUCUCUUCCCUGCCUCCCUCUCUCUCUCUUCCCUGACCCUCUCUCCUCUCCCUCUCUCCUCCCUGCCUCUCCUCCCCCUCUCAGGAGCAGUUGGAGUUAUCCCACCAGAAGCUGAGACAUGUAGAAGCUCUAGGAGACAACGACCACAUCCUGAGAAACCAGGAGAGAUACAAUAACCUGGCAGAGAAGACCAGAGAGAUGGGAUACAGGUUGGAGAGAGACAAUAACCUGGCAGAGAAGACCAGGGAGAGGUGGGAUACAAGGUAG